AGAGAAAGAGUGACCAAAAAAAGAAUUGAAUCGUCAAAAAACGUCUCCUCUGAUGUGUCUGGCAGAGUGGCUCAGAUCAGCAGCAGUGCAGCACCAGCACCGGUACCAGCAGCAACAGCAACAGUAGCAGCCCCUCCUCUCCUCUCCUCUCCUCUCCUUCCUAUUUAUUAGUCCUUUUCCUUUUAUUCUUUCCCUUUCAUUUUUCACAUCACACAGUUAUAGAGAGAGAGAGAGGAUAUAUUAUAUUAUUAUAUUGUUGUGCUAUAUAAAAGUGCAAACUUUUUCAGAUUAAUCUUUGGGAAAAAGAAAAGCCCAGAAAGAAAAAAAAAAAAGACAGGACAAGGUAGAGUAAUGGAUUAGCCUUGGCCACCUGGCUUGUUACAUUUGCUUUCUCUGUCACAAUAUACAAAGCCACAAACAAAGAAACAUAUAUUACACAAGCGUUCUUCCCUUCUUUCGCUCUCUCCAUCUCUUUCUGUGGGUUGGUGUCUAGAAAAAUUCUCGAGAUUGGCGUCUGAGAUAAAGACCAUCAACCAAGGACAUACCACUUCUCCUCUACUGUUCAAACUUACAAAGCUCGCUCAUCUCUUUUUUUUUUUCCUUACUUGGGUUUUGAGAGAAAAAGCCAGGCCAGAUAUUGAUAGAGAAAGUUUGUGUGUGCUUGAGAGAGCUGAGAGAGAGAGAGAAUAUUCAAACGACAGCAGGCUGAUGAAGGAGAGCGGAGGCUCUCUUGGUGAAGAGAGCCUACCCCUUGAGCACACCGUCAAGAAAAGUAAUACAGAAGAAGAAGAACUGCUGACAACUCAAACUUUCUAACUUAGCUCUGGUUUUGUGAGGGGUGGUGCAUCGUUUGAUGGCUCUUGUGAUGCACAAGGAUUCACCAACAAAUAGUAAUUAUAAGCAAAUGGAUAAUAGUAAGUACGUGAGGUAUACACCGGAGCAGGUUGAGGCCUUGGAGAGGGUGUACUCGGAAUGUCCAAAGCCUAGCUCCUUGAGAAGGCAGCAGCUCAUUAGGGAGUGCCCUAUUCUCUCUAAUAUUGAACCCAAACAGAUCAAAGUCUGGUUUCAGAACCGCAGAUGUCGAGAAAAGCAGAGGAAGGAAGCCUCUCGACUCCAGACAGUCAAUAGAAAGCUGUCUGCGCUGAACAAGUUGUUGAUGGAAGAGAAUGAUCGUCUACAGAAACAGGUCUCUCACCUGGUUUAUGAGAACGGGUUUAUGCGAAAUCAACUGCACACUGCAUCUGGGACGACCACAGACAAUAGUUGUGAGUCUGUGGUCAUGAGUGGUCAAAACCAACAACAACAAAACCCAACACCUCAGCAGCCCCAAAGGGAUGCUAACAACCCAGCUGGCCUCCUAGCUAUAGCAGAGGAGACCCUGGCAGAGUUCCUGUCCAAGGCAACUGGAACUGCUGUCGACUGGGUCCAGAUGAUUGGGAUGAAGCCUGGUCCGGAUUCUAUUGGUAUCGUUGCUGUUUCCCGCAACUGUAGUGGGGUAGCAGCACGAGCUUGCGGUCUUGUGAGCCUGGAGCCCACAAAGGUCGCUGAGAUUCUCAAAGAUCGUACAUCAUGGUUUCGCGACUGCCGUUGCGUUGAUGUAUUGAGUGUAAUACCUACAGGAAAUGGUGGAACCAUUGAGCUUGUAUAUAUGCAGACAUAUGCACCAACAACAUUAGCAGCAGCACGUGACUUUUGGACACUGAGAUAUACAACUAGCUUGGAAGACAACAGUCUUGUGAUAUGUGAGAGGUCCUUGACUACUUCUACUGGUGGCCCAGCUGGCCCUCCAUCUUCAUGUUUUGUAAGGGCAGACGUGCUUCCUAGUGGAUACCUAAUCCGACCUUGUGAGGGUGGUGGCUCCAUAAUUCACAUUGUUGAUCAUGUUGAUUUAGACGCUUGGAGCGUUCCUGAAGUUCUCAGGCCACUUUACGAAUCAUCGAAAAUCCUUGCUCAGAAAAUGACUAUUGCUGCUUUGCGCCAUAUCCGACAAAUUGCCCAAGAAGCUAGUGGAGAAAUACAGUAUGGUGGAGGCCGCCAACCUGCUGUCUUGAGGACAUUUAGUCAGAGACUCUGCAGGGGUUUCAAUGAUGCAGUCAAUGGGUUCGCAGAUGAUGGGUGGUCACUUUUAGGUAGUGACGGGGUGGAGGAUGUAACCAUUGUUGUCAACUCAUCUUCAAACAAGUUUCUUGGUUCCCAGUACAAUGCAUCAAUGUUUCCGACUUUUGGAGGGGUGCUGUGUGCCAAGGCAUCCAUGCUACUUCAGAAUGUUCCUCCAGCUUUGCUUGUUCAAUUUCUGAGGGAGCAUCGAUCAGAAUGGGCCGACUAUGGAGUUGAUGCAUAUUCUGCUUCAUGUCUUAAACCUAGUCCUUAUGCAAUUCCUUGUGCAAGACCUGGUGGAUUUCCUAGUAGCCAGGUCAUCUUACCACUCGCCCACACGGUGGAGAAUGAGGAGUUUCUGGAGGUGGUUCGGUUGGAGGGCCAGGCUUUCUCUCCUGAAGAGGUUGCUUUGGCACGGGACAUGUACUUAUUGCAGCUAUGCAGUGGUGUUGAUGAAAGUGCAGUUGGUUCCUGUGCUCAGCUUGUUUUUGCACCCAUUGAUGAAUCUUUUGCUGAUGAAGCACCAUUGUUACCAUCUGGUUUUCGUGUCAUUCCAUUGGAUCCAAAGGCGGUUAGUAAAAUGGUUCAGCUUAAUGCAAUAAUUUUGAAUUGGAAGGAGUUCUUUGUUGGUCUUGUAUAUUCAUCUAUUUUGUAUGUGCAGGAUACUCCCGGUGCUACUCGAACACUGGAUUUGGCCUCUACUCUUGAAGUUGGAUCGGGUAGUGCCCGUCCAGCCAGUGAAGCUGAUGCAAGUUACAAUCUUAGGUCAGUCCUGACUAUCGCCUUCCAAUUCACUUUUGAGAACCAUACUCGAGACAAUGUGGCUGCUAUGGCUCGCCAGUAUGUGCGCAGUGUUGUUGGGUCUGUUCAGAGGGUUGCAAUGGCGAUUGCUCCCUCUCAGCUUGGCUCACAGAUAGGACCAAAAUCUCUUCCUCAAUCUCCUGAAGCGCUAACCUUGGCACAGUGGAUAAGCCGAAGCUACAGGAUGCACACUGGAGGAGAGCUUUUUCAAAUGGAUUCGCCGUCUGGUGAUGCCAUCUUAAAGCGACUCUGGAACCACUCCGAUGCAAUCAUGUGCUGCUCUGUGAAAACAAAUGCAUCUCCUGUAUUCACCUUUGCAAACCAGGCUGGACUUGACAUGCUUGAAACAACUCUCGUCGCCCUCCAAGAUAUAAUGCUUGACAAGAUUCUAGACGAAGGUGGUCGGAAGAAUCUGUGCUCUGAGUUUUCCAAAAUCAUGCAGCAGGGUUUUGCUUAUCUACCAGCCGGGAUAUGUGUGUCUAGCAUGGGUAGGCCGGUGUCAUACGAACAGGCCGUUGCAUGGAAAGUUCUCAACGACGAGGACUCCAAUCAUUGCUUGGCAUUCAUGUUCAUGAACUGGUCUUUUGUGUGACGAUGAAGACGACACCUUGGCUUAUUAUAUUAUAUUUAUCUAUUAUAAGUUAUAUAUAUUACAUUAUAUAGCCAACUACUACUAAUAUAUAGUUAUGAGCAGUGAACUAGUAUUCCAUGGCACAGGAUUUUUAUGAAAACUCCUUCCCACUCGAUUCCCUGUAUGUAACUUCUAUAUUUGGCUAAAUGGGGUAUCAAUAUAUAUGUUAUGGAUAUAUGUUAUGGAUAUUUCUUUCUACUA